AUGGAAAACAUGAAAUAUCGCUAUAUUUACGAGUACGAAUUCUACCGUGGCACAAGUGCUGCAGAAACAGCUCGAAGGAUAGAUGAGGGUACGGCGCUGGUGUCACGGCCGGAGACCAACGCAGAAAAUAAAGAAUUAAAGGCUAUUGUGGAAGCGAAUUCAUCACAAAACACUUCAAAGAUAGCUGCAGGCGUCGGGGAAAGUGAUGAAACUGUAUUAAUACACUUGAAGCAAAUCGGGAAAGUGAAAAAACUUGAACGAUGGCAACUGCAAAUCAUGAAGAAAGAACUAGUUGCUAACAACCGAGAUUGGUCAAUCACUCUAGGCUACUGCUGCUUCACGACAACGCAAGACCACACUGCCCACACUGACCACACUGCACAACAAAAAAACACUAAGUUAGAUGAGCUACAAUUGAAAUGUCUACGACAUCCACCGUGCUCCCCGGACCUUGCUCCAACAGAUUACCAUUUUUUCGGGAAUUUGGACAAUUUCUUGUAUGGAAAAAAAUCAAGAUACGGCAGUCCAAACCGCCUUCAAAUAGUUUAUUGA